GUUGAAGAAACAAAUUGAAUAAAAUACAAAAAGGCAACUAAUGCUCAGCAUGCUCACGGAACUCAUUACAUAAUGCGGAUUUACUACCAUCAGACGACUAUAGCGUAUGAUUUGUACGUUGUAAAAAGAAAUUGUACCACGGAAAUGACAAUAGUCAUGCGAUGGAAUAAGAAAUUCUAGUGAAGCCUCGGUAGCAGGUGGGAGGGGAACCACGCGACGGUACACGCGGCGGUAGGUACCGCAGCAGCAGCAGCAGGAGGACGAACCAACCCCGCUGUGCGAUUUACGGCUUUAACUUGGUUAACAAGGUUUCAUAUUCCCUUAUUCACGCUUACGCAAAGACCCAAGACGUAAUUUACAAACGUUCUUUCUACUCAAUUCACUUUGCCCAAAAAAAAAAUGAAUUCGUAAUCAUCUUGGUCCUUACUUAUUUAAACAUAAACCAAAAAGUAGAAACGCGAUAGACGCAAUGGCGAGCAUAGAUGACGCUGGCAAGCAGACAGCCCCGGUUAUCAUCGUGGGCGGCGGUUUAGCGGGGUUGGUAGCUGCUUUCGAGUUAUCACAGCGCGGCGUGCGGACGUUAAUUGUGGACCAAGAAGGGGAGCAGAACCUCGGUGGGCAGGCAUUCUGGUCGCUGGGCGGAAUCUUCUGCGUCGACUCGACGGAACAAAGACGGCUUGGCAUUAAAGAUAGCCGGAAGCUCGCCAUGCGCGAUUGGCUCGGAUCAGCACGCUUCGAUCGUCCUGAUGAUGAGGAUAUCUGGCCGCGCCGCUGGGCCGAGGCCUUUGUCGACUUCGCUACGGAUGGGAUGGAGAAGUAUCUCAAGGACCGCGGUGCUGGGUUCCUCUCUAUGGUGAGUUGGGCCGAGCGCGGCGACGGUACGGCAGAUGGUCAUGGAAACUCGGUCCCGCGGUUCCACAUUACCUGGGGCGCCGGGCCCGAAGUUGUGCGCGUGUUUGCCGAGCCCGUCCAAGAGGCGGCGAAAAAAGGUAUUGUGGAGUUUAAGUUUAGACAUAGGGUAGAUGAAUUACUUGUCGAUGAAAACGGGAGAGCAUCCGGAGUCCGAGGACGUAUUCUUGAGCAAGACCCGUCGCCUCGAGGAGUCAAGACGUCGAGGGAAGAAGUAGGUGACUUUGAGCUCCAUGGCGCGGCGGUAAUUGUUUCCUCUGGAGGCAUCGGAGGCAACGUGGAAGCGGUAAAGAAAGCAUGGCCCGUAGAUCGUCUUGGGCCAAAGGUACCGCAGAAUUUCGUCAUUGGCGUUCCCGCGCACGUUGAUGGCCGGAUGGUGGGAAUUGCGGAGUCGGCUGGCGCCAACUUCAUCAAUCGCGACAGGAUGUGGCAUUACACUGAGGGCCUACAGAACUGGAAUCCAAUCUGGCCAGAUCACGGAAUCCGUGUCCUGCCGGCACCAUCGUCACUCUGGCUAGAUGCAACCGGGAAAAGGCUUCCGCCAUUCCUAUACCCCGGAUGUGACACAUUAGCAACACUCAAGUACAUAUGCAGUACGGGCUACGACUACACUUGGUUUAUUCUCGACCAAUCCAUCAUCGCCCGCGAAUUUGCAUUAUCAGGCUCAGAACAGAACCCCGACCUGACAGAGAAGAGCAUCUGGCAACUCCUCAAAAACCGGGUCUUUAGCUCUAAGGGCACGGUGCCCGUCCAGAACUUCCAAAAGUUCGGGAAGGACUUCGUCGUGCGCGACAACCUCGAGGACCUAGUCGCUGGCAUGAAUGAGAUUGCUAAAUCCGUCGGCGGGCCAAUACUCGACCCUAAGGCUAUCCGGGAAGUCGUCGAGACGCGCGACGACCAGUUCGUCAACAGCUACUGCAAGGAUGCGCAGGCGAUGGCCAUCCGCAACGGCCGCAACUACUGGCCUGAUACCCGCCGCGUAGCGGCACCCCACCAGAUCCUAGAUCCGAAGCACGGCCCGCUGAUCGCCGUCCACAUGAACCUCCUAACGCGCAAGACGCUUGGCGGACUCGAGACGAAUUUAGAAAGCAAUGUUAUGAAGGCAAACGGCGAGAAGUUCCCUGGUCUCUACGCAGCGGGCGAGGCGGCCGGGUUCGGCGGCGGCGGAGUUCACGGGUACAACUCGCUCGAGGGCACGUUCCUCGGCGGGUGUAUUUUCUCGGGCAGGGCAGCGGGGAGGGCGAUUUCCGAUGAGAUUCUUGGGCCUGCUUGAGAGUAGGUAGUAGUCCCGGGUUUGAAGUGUAAAUUGCGAUGUAUACUAUUUUAGGUACGGAGUGCCAGUGAUGUAACAUGGGAUGGUUGUUCUUACGGGCGAAUAAAUUAAAUAAAAAAUUAUAUAAUUAAAAUCGGGCCUUGCGAGCAGUAGUAGGGG